AGGUCUUGAUUUUAAUCAUCAGUGCCAUGGAGCCUGCGGCACCGACAAUUGCCAGGAGGAUCCACGUGCCUCGGUUGACAGCCAGCGCUGCGAGCAGCACUGGUCCCCAUUCCCUUGCCAGGCCCGGGCCUGGGGUUGGCGCUGGCGUGCCUUGCAAGCCAAUCGCCUGCCUCGUUGGAGUGGCCCUCUGCGCACAAGCCGUGGCGGAGCCAAAGAAGCGCAGGCGGACUCGACGGCCUCAGCCGAAACCAGCCGCGCCGAAGGAGGACGCAGUAGCAGAGGGAGCAGAAGAGGUGACACCAAAGAAGAAGACUGGCUUCCCAGCGCACUGGAGGGCGGGGCAAUUGGCCGCGGGCCUGAAGUCUGGGCGCUUGCUGACUGGUCAGCUGCGCUGCCCCAAGUCUCAGACUCGAGGCUUGGUGCUGGUCCACGACCUCGGAGAGUUCGUUGUGAAGGGAAGCCAAAACAUGAAUCGGGCAGUGGAUGGAGACAUUGUUGUGAUUGAGCGGCUCACGGCUGCGCAGGAUGCAACGGCAGCGACCGUGCUGAGACAUGGGAUGAUCACAGAGGAAGACGAGGUGCAGAAGGUGAUGCAGGAAGGUUCGGAGGCCCUCCUUUUUGGAGACAAGCCUGGUGCGAGGAUUGUCGCAAUCAAAGAGCGAUCUCAGCGCGAGAUUGCUGGAACGAUCUAUGCCAUCGACCAGCUUGAGGAUGCAGAGCGGGUUGCUGCUGACAGCGAGGCGAGGAAGGACGAUGUUGUUCUCGUCCCUGCAGACGAGCGCUUUCCACGGAUGUUUUUGGGACCUGAAGAGGUCAAGGGGGAUGUCGAGGACAAACGAGUGGCAGUCGUCAUCAGCGCAUGGCCGCAGUCCAGUGACUUUCCACGUGCAAGAUGGAGCCGGGAGCUGGGCAAGAUUGGAGACCUCAGCACAGAGACCCAGGUAAUCCUGUUGGAGCACAGCGUGAAGGACGAGCCGUUCACAGAGGAAGUGCUGAAAUGUUUGCCACCCGCCAACUUCACCGUGCCGAAGGAGGAGGUGGAAAAGCGGCUGGACCUCCGGGGUCUUUGCAUCUUCUCCAUCGACCCACCAGGUUGUGAAGAUGUCGACGAUGCGCUGUCGUGCGUGAAGCUGGACAAUGGGAACUUCGAGGUUGGCGUGCACAUUGCAGACGUGACGCACUACGUGAAGCCUGGCACGGAGCUGGAUCGCGAGGCGGCAGAGCGAUCCACCUCCGUGUACUUGGUGGAUCGGCGCGUGGACAUGCUGCCCAGAUUGCUCACAACAGAUAUUUGCUCGCUGCGCUGUGACGGCAAGGACAGGCUGACUUUUUCGGCCAUCUUCGAAAUGACCCCGGAGGCUGAAGUGGUCAACACCACUUUCGCCAAGGGUGUCGUGAACUCCCGUGCCGCACUCUCCUACAAGGAGGCCCAGGAGCGGCUGGACGCCAAGAGCGAGGACGAGAUCGGCCAGGCGAUCCAGAACCUGGCGGCGCUGGCGAGGAAGCUUCGCGCGCAGCGCUUCGAGGACG